UAUUUUUAUUUUUUAUUUGAGUUUUUGGGUUUGAUUUGGGGUUUCUUUCUCUCUUUUUAUUCUUAGCUUUUCUUAAGAGAUUGGGGUUUUGAGUUCGAUUUGGAGGUUUUGUUAGUUCAGCAGUUUGCAUUGUUCUGCUUGUUUCUUGUAAAUAUUGUUUCUUUAUCUGUUUGGAUGCCUGGAUUUCAAAGGAAAAUACUGGGAAACAAACAAACUAGUGAAGAAGGUUCUUUCUCUGCGCGUGACCCGUUCUCUUCUCCAAUCCUCCACACAAAACACAACCCCAAAACCUCUCCUGUUUCAGCGAUUCUUUUGAGGUAUCUAAAUAUAAUACCCAGAUGGAGGUUAAGCUCUGGAACGACAAGCGCGAGAGAGAAAUGUAUGACAACUUCGCUGAGCUCUACGCCAUUAUAAAGGCCACCGAGAAGCUUGAGAAGGCCUACAUUCGGGACAUUAUCUCCUCGUCGGAGUACGAGGCUGAAUGUCUAAAACUCAUUGCCCACUUCAAAACCUUAGCUUCCACACUCAAAGAUACCAUACCUAGCAUAGAACGCUUUGCUGAUACUUACAAGAUGGAUUGCCCAGCAGCUUUAAACCGCCUAAUUACCUCUGGGGUACCUGCCACGGUGGAGCACCGGGCUGCUGCGGCUGCCUCUGCUAACACGUCGGCAGCUGCCGUGGCCGAGUGUACACAGCAUUUCAUCACGGCAAUGGACACGUUGAAACUCAAUAUGGUUGCGGUUGAUCAGGUGCAUCCCGCUCUCUCUGCCCUUGCAGCAUCACUGAAUAAGGUGACCUUUCUGCCUCCAGAUUUUCUGGGGAAGGUGAAAUUGAGGGAAUGGAUUGGAAAGCUGUUGAAGAUGGGUGCCGCGGAUGAGUUGUCUGCCUUGGAAGCUCGGCAGCUUGUCUAUGAUCUUGAAGCAUCAUAUGAUUUAUUCAUGGCAGCUUUGCCCAAUGCUGGUACUUGAUUGACUUGGGUAAGUUUGUAAAUAAGUGGGCAUGCUCGUUUGCUUGGAUGAUUCGAUUACAUGGUGUUCUGUGUUAGUUACAGCUACCAGGUAGCACCUCAGUGAUUACAUGGAAUGGGUUAUCAUUUUAUACCUUUAAUGAAUAGACUGGAUCUCUCUUUUUAAUAUCAAUGUUUUGUAUCUAUCAUGGAAGUUGCCAUUUUGUUGCUAUGCUAUGUAAGUACUUCUUAAGUGACUCUAUUAUUCGCUUUUUUGAUUUUAGAGGAAUUCAACACUAGAAUCUGAUCUUUGAGUUC